AUGUAUGCUGUAAUGUACGGUGUCAUGUAUGCUGUAAUGUGUAGUGCCAUGUAUGCUGUAAUGUACACUGUAAUGUAUGGUGUAAUGUAUGGGGUCAUGUAUGCUGUAAUGUAUGGUGUCAUGUAUGCUGUAAUGUAUGGUGUAACGUAUGCUGUAAUGUAUGGUGUAACGUACGCUGUAAUGUAUGGUGUCAUGUAUGCUGUAAUGUACGGUGUCAUGUACGCUGUAAUGUAUGGUGUCAUGUAUGCUGUAAUGUAUGGUGUCAUGUAUGUUGUAAUAUACGGUGUCAUGAAUGCUGUAAUGUACGCUGUAACGUAUGGUGUAAUGUAUGUUGUAAUGUACGCUGUAAUUUAUGGUGUAAUGUAUGCUUUAAUGUGUGGUGAAUGUAUGCUGUAA